UGAGCCCUCGACAAAAUGGCUGCAGAAUUGUAAAAAGUGUGCUGUUUUAGUCCCAUUUAAAGGACGCUAAACAAUCUAUGAAGCAUGGCACUUCUCAAGAUCAAGUUUCCUUUCCAGAAGAGAGUACGUCUGGCCCAGGGUCUGUGGCUGCUGUCAUGGGUUGCUAUGGUCUCUGCAACCACCACGUUUGCCCUGGGAGUGUUCCUCAAGACCGAGCUUUUACGCAGGGCUGAGGUAAUGCAUAACAGUGACAUCCAUAUUGUGCCCAACCUGCUCAUAGUGGUGGGUCUGACAUCUGUGGGCAUCAACAUCUGUGCUGGUAAAGUGUGUCAGGACUCAUUGGAUGCCUCACGGUUUCCACGCUGGAAAAACUUCCUUACACCCUUCUUCUGCAUCUCUCUUUUCUUUACCUCUCUACUGCUGGUGGCUAUGAUAUUGAGCUAUGCCCUGCAGCCAAGCCUGGAGGAGUCUCUGAAAGUAGGCUUGAAGAAUGGCAUUCGGUUCUAUAAGGACACAGACACACCAGGCCGUUGCUUCCAGAAGGAGACCAUUGACCAUCUGCAAAUAGAGUUCCAGUGCUGUGGCAACACCAACUAUAGGGACUGGUUCGAAGUGCAGUGGGUCAACAACCGCUACCUGGACUUCACCUCAAAGGAAGUAAAAGACCGUGUAAAGAGUAAUGUGGAUGGCCGUUUCCUACUGGACGGAGUCCCUUUCAGCUGCUGCAACCCAGCUUCUCCCAGACCCUGCAUCCAGUAUCACCUCUUAGACAACACAGCCCAUUACAACUACGAGUACCAAAGCGAGGAACUGAAUCUGUAUAGCCAUGGCUGUCGUCAGGCUCUGGUUAACUAUUACAUGGGUCUGAUGAACACGAUUGGACCUGCAGUACUGUCUGUAUUUCUAAUUCAGAUGACGGUGCUGAUUGGCCUACGCUACCUGCAGACCUCCAUGGAAGCCGUUGAAGGCCAGGAGAAUGUGGAGAUCGAGACAGAAGGCUACAUCCUGGAGAAAGGUGUGAAGGAGACAGCCAUAGAGUUGAAAGAGAAGGUGACAAAGUUGUUUCAGCAGGCUCAGGUGGAGGCCGCUCCUCCAGUGGGAAACCCAGAAGCAGCAGCGUCAGCAGAGAAAGCAGACACUGCCUCCAGCUAAAUUAAAUGACCUGUGGGUUUAUCAGUGGAAAGAAUUUCUGACUUCACUUUGAUAUGAAUACAUAAUCCAGAGAAAAAGAAAAAAAACAACCUUUCUCUACACUAUAUCUUUAUUAUUAAUUUACUAUAACAGUAUUGAAAUUAUAUGAUCAAUUUAGCCCUUCAGUAACUUUAAACCCUGACAAUAUUUUUUCGGUUUCUUACUAUAUAUAUAUAUAUGACUGUGGAACAUAAAGGAAACCACACUGCAUGUUGUUUGUAGGUCAUUGUUUUUGCUUUAUGCAGGCUGUAAAAAUAUCAUUAUAGAGCAUAUGCAGAGGA